CUAUAUUACCAUGAUUAGUUGGAGUUGUAGCCCACGAGCUUUUCGCUUUCAUGACGCGUGUCUGACAUGUGAUCUUGCGAUGGUGUGAGUUGGAAGGCUAAAAUACAGUUCAAUCAUUCCUGACAUGCCAUGGAAUCUUAUUCUCCUAAGGUACCGUACUGUACCUGGUUCAGUUGCUUUGCCUAACUACAAACGAGGACAUUUCAAGCAAAGAAUCUACCUUCUUUCCCUUCUUUUUUUUUCCAUUGCAUGGAAGCUCUGGGAAGGAAGCGAAGGAGCGCUAGAAAAAGAACGAAAGAAAGAAGACUCGAAUACUGUAGUCAACAAAUUAAUGCGAUGCGACGAUAAGUCGCGCAAAACCACCAUCUCGCCCGUUCUUCCUCCCUUCCUUUUUUUCCCAAAAACCUCAUGAAUACCUUAGAAAUCUAGAAUCCCAAAGAUCACAUUUCCCGUUAGUAUGACGACGGCUGGUUUGGGACAGGGGUCUGCGUGUGUUGAGACUAUGGCGUGCGUGCACGGGCACGCAAGAGCACGGGUCCUAACAAAUUC